AUGGAUGUUGUUGAUGGUCAAAUUAUCAGUACAUUGCGUCAUCUUGACCCGAACUUUUUUGAUGGCUUUCAAGAGAUUCCGACCAGUGUUGCAGAGCUUGGUAUCGAGAUCUUUUAUCAAGCCAUUGUAAUGUUAGUAUGGUCAUGCAAACCGAGUACGAGGAAGGAAAUUCCAUCAAGACUGCUUCCCCAGAAUAUGUCUGCAAAACUCCGAUGCGUUAUAACCGUUGUCGAUGCAAGCAUUGGUGUGCGUGAUCCCAUAGAUUAUCAUAUGUUACUCUAUGGAAGAAGCAAAGAGUUGCGUAAUAUUCUUAUUGGUCUCAUGGAAAAAUUACCCAAAGAUUCUCCGGUGGUUAUUUCUACAGAAGGCAUGUGUUGUGAAAUAAUUUUUGUUUUACACCAAUAUCCACUCAGAGACCUAAUACAAUCAGCUAUCCGUGGCGAGGAAGAUAAAAACGGGUGUCUUACACAGUAUAGUUCAGCUCAAAAGGAAGCAUGGGCCUUAUCAACAAGAGUCGAUUUCGUAGGUUUCUGUGGUGAUAUUAUGUCAGCUUUACAAUUUGAUGAUUGGCGAUACCACCACAAAGCAUUCAUUUGUUCCUUGCUGGAAAACAACGCCAUGAACAACAAUAGAGUACAAAGUUAUCAGUCAGUUAGAGAUGAAAUUUUAAAAAUCCUGCAACUCAAACGUUUCAUUAUUAACAAAGGAAUGAAACCACAAUUGAAACCUAAACCAGUUCUUCCUCCAGAAUUGCAAAAGAAGGAAAAAACAAAAAAUGAACAAGAAAUCAAUGAAGUUUCGAAAGUGGAUGUUGAAAAAAGUGAAAUGCUUAACAAAUUGCUCAAUGAAGUUAUGGCUUUGACAGCAUAUGUAGAUCGUAAAAAAAUUUCUAAGACUAAGAUGCAAAAUGAUGAAGUUGAACGAUUAUUAAUUUUACGAAACAAAAAGUUUCAAGAGGCUGAAAUUGAUGGACGACUGGAAAAACUGUUGGGAAAUCCGAAUGCUGUCUUGAAACUUGAGAAUUAUGUUGAUGGAAGUAAUGGAAGGAUGCAGCAUCUUCAAAAUCUGUGGUUGAAAGCUAAAGCAGAAAAAGAUGAAGAAGUGAAGAGAGCACGGCUAACUGCUUUAUCAUCGGAUUUUACCCUUCCGCACUGCAGUCAAGAAACUUCAGCGCAGGAUAUAAAACUGAUUGAGAACGAACUUGCUGAUAAAAAGAAAACCCUGGAAAAACUGAGAAAACAGGUCGAAUCACGGGAAGAAAAACAAAUUAAUCGAAGUAUUUAUACGAAGCACAUAUUUGACAUUGUUGGCAACAUUGGAAAGCAGCAAAAUGAAAUUAACAAGAUUGCGGUUGAAAAUUUCACUCUUCAGAAGGAGAUCAGGUCGAGUGCGGGGAAAUUGGAGCGUUCGUUCAUUGUAGUUGAAGGAAAACUGUACAAGGACGUUCAGAAAGAUGCAUCUAUGCAAAAAGCGUACAGGUUAUUGAUGAAAAUUCAUGGUGAGUGUUCUUGUGUUAUCACUGGCAUUGAUUCUGCUGGACAACUUGAACGAGAAAUUGAAGAGCUAAACGAUCAAAUUGCUAUUCAACAUCAAAAGAACACCGAUGAAAAACUUGAAUGUAUUGUUAACGACUGGAUGGAAAUAAAAAAAGAGAAUAUGACUUUGGAGAAAUUAUUAAAAGAAUCUGAUACUUAA